CUUGCCUUUUACCUGCGGAGUUUGUAGAGUGCCUCACUCACACCCUGUCCCUGCAUUCCUUGAGCGCUCUUAUUGUUGGAACCCCCAGCAGGUCAUCGAAAUGGAAAGUCUUGUAGAAAAUGGCGACGGCCAGCUUACCAUUCACAACCUUCCACCACCAGCGAAAACGAAGCGAGCACCGACGGGCACGCUGACAGCGGAAGAGAAAGAGAACCAGAGACACCUCGCCGAAGCACGCAAGAAAUAUGGUCGCGGCCGGCCAGUCCGGUUGAGUGAUGUCAAAGACAAGAAAUUGCGCGCCAACCUCAAACUCAUCGAGAACAAGUACCGGACCGCCGUCCUCAGCGCAAAAGAUGCCGAGAUCCUCUACGAGAACCAGGAAGGUUUCCUGCAGCCAGAGACCGAGCUUGAAAAGACGUACAAGACUCGGCAAGAUGACAUGCUGGAGGCAGUUGGCAUUCAGCAGGCCAAAAAAUCAAUUGAGUUCAAACUGGACCUUGGACCAUACGUCUCCGAUUACACGAGGAAUGGGCGCAGUUUGCUACUGGCCGGCCGCAAGGGACAUAUCGCCACUUGUGACUGGCGAGCAGGAAAAGCAGGCUGCGAAAUGCACUUGAACGAGACGGUCAGAGACGCUACGUGGCUGCACAAUGAUCAGUAUUUCGCCGUGGCGCAGAAGAAACAUACAUACAUCUACGAUCAUGCUGGAGUGGAGAUCCACUGUCUGAAAAAGUACGUGGAAACGACACACCUCGAGUUCCUGCCCUACCAUUUCCUCCUAGCCGGCAUCGAGAACAGCGGGUUCUUGCGGUACACAGAUACUUCGACCGGUCAGAUCGUCGCAGAGCAUCCGACGAGAAAAGGCGCACCGACGGCUCUUGCUCAAAACCCCUACAAUGCCAUUCUACAUGUCGGGCACCAGAAUGGCACAGUCUCGCUGUGGUCGCCCAACUCGACCACACCCCUGGUCAAGAUCCAGUCCAAUGCCGGCCCAGUGCGCUCUAUCGCCAUCGACCGUUCGGGCCACUACAUGCUUUGCGGCGGACAAGAUCUCCGCCUGAAACUCUGGGACGUUCGAGCGCUGAAAGAAGUCCACUCAUACACAACAAGACAACCCGCAACGUCGAUCGACAUCUCCGACCGUGGUCUAGCAGCCAUUGGCAAUGGCACGGGCGUGACGAUAUGGAAGGACCUCUUCACAUCAUCGACAUCCUCGGACCCUUCAAAAAUCCAAUCACCAUACCUGAACUGGGGCUAUGACGGGCAACGAAUUGAGCGCGUACGCUUCUGCCCGUUCGACGAUGUCCUAGGCAUUUCGCACGCCCAGGGGUUCAGCAGCAUCAUCGUCCCCGGUGCCGGCGAGGCGAACUACGACGCGCUCGAAGUGAACCCGUACGAGACGCGCAAACAACGCCAAGAAGCCGAAGUCAAGUCCUUGCUCACCAAGUUGCAACCUGGGACCAUCGCGCUGGAUCCCAACUUCAUCGGAACGCUAGAUACCAGGAGCGCAGAGCAGCGGAGACGGGAAAAGGAUCUCGAUGCGCCGGCCGUAGACCCGCUGGCGAAGUUGAAGGAGAGGAACCGUGGGCGUGGCAAGAAUAGUGCCUUGAGAAGACAUCUCAGGAAGAAGGGCGGCAAGAAUGUCGUUGACGAGAAGAGGUUGAGACUGGAGGAGAUGAAGAAGGAAAGGGCAGAGAGGGACAAGGAGAAGUUGAAGAGGGAUAAAGUCGACUUGGGCCCUGCAUUGGCGCGGUUUGCCAGGAGAUGAGUG